AUGGCAGGAGAACAGAAACCAUCCUGCAAUCUUCUAGAGCAGUUUAUUUUACUGGCCAAAGGUACAAGUGGCUCAGCCCUGACUGCUCUUAUAAAUCAAGUGCUGGAGGCUCCUGGGGUUUAUGUCUUUGGAGAGCUGUUGGAGUUAACAAAUGUGCAAGAGCUUGCUGAAGGCUCUAAUGCUGCUCCAGCUGCUCUGCUGACCCUGUUUGCGUACGGAACGUACCCAGACUAUGUAGCAAACAAAGAUAACCUGCCUGAAUUAACAGUGACUCAGAAAAACAAGCUGAAACACUUGACGAUCGUCAGCUUGGCUUCCCGCAUGAAGUGCAUUCCCUAUUCUGUGUUGCUGAAGGACCUGGAUAUGAGGAAUCUGAGGGAGCUGGAAGAUCUGAUCAUUGAAGCAGUUUACACAGAUAUUAUCCAAGGGAAGUUGGAUCAGCGAAACCAGGUGCUAGAGGUGGAUUUCUGUAUCGGCAGAGACAUUCAGAAGAAGGACAUCAGUAACAUUGUCAAAACACUCCAGGAAUGGUGUGAUGGUUGUGAAGCAGUUCUUCUGGGCAUUGAGCAGCAAGUGCUUAGAGCCAACCAGUACAAGGAGAACCAUCAUCGAACUCAACAGCAUGUAGAGAUGGAG